AUUGCUGAGAAACCUACCUUGACUCACCAGGAUGCCGGUGCGGAACUGCUCUCUUGCAGCUCUUAUCACAGCUGGUGCCACAGUUUUCAGUGACAUCGGCUGCCCUGAGGCCACUGUGAUGUGUGGGAUGAAUAUCUCCUGGGUUUUGGCUAAUGCUUCUGAAGAAGACUUGAAGCAAAUGUGCUUGAGCGAGGAGGAGUACCUAACGAUGCAUCUGGGGCCUCCCAAGUCCCCAAAGUUUCUUCCAGUCUGUAUAACCUACGUCAUUAUUUUCAUCGUGGGUGUCCUGGGCAACUUCUUGACCUGUACAGUCAUCUUGCACUAUAAGGUGAUGCAGACACCUACCAACUAUUACUUGCUGAGCUUGGCCGUGUCAGACCUGCUGGUGCUAUUGAUAGGCAUGCCGUUAGAGCUCUAUGAGAUGCAGCAGAACUACCCCUUCUUGCUUGGGGAGGGGGGCUGCUACUUCAAAAUUUUCCUGUUUGAAACCGUCUGCUUUGCCUCCAUCCUCAAUGUCACAGCACUUAGUGUGGAGCGCUACGUGGCAGUCAUGCAUCCCCUCAAAGUCAAACUCAUGACCACACGUGCUCAUGUCAAGAGGGUGAUCUUCAUGUUGUGGGGGUUGUCCAUGCUCUGCGCUGUGCCAAACACCAGCUUGCACGGGAUUGCUGAGUUGCCUCCGUGGUUUGGGCGGGAGUUUCCUCGGUCAGCUAUCUGCCAUGUGGUCAGACCAACCUGGAUCUACAAUUUAAUCAUCCUGAUCUCCACGCUGGCCUUCUUUGUCCUCCCUAUGUUGAUCAUUAGCAUACUCUACUUGCUUAUUGGCUUGCAGCUACACAGGGAGAGGGUGAUGACCGUGAUGGGUACGGAUCGUAGCUUCGGACCUGAAAGUGUUACCAAGUCUCACAAGCAGAAGCUCAGCAAACGCACUGUGCAAGUCACCAAAAUGCUCUGUGUGUUGGUGGUUGUCUUCGGCCUUUGCUGGGCUCCCUUCCACGUGGACCGCCUGAUGUGGAGCUAUAUCGACAUGUCGUCCAUGCAGCACCUCAAGAUCUUCGAGAACGUCCACAUCGUGUCGGGCGUCUGCUUCUAUCUGAGCUCUGCAGUCAACCCCAUCCUCUACAACCUCAUGUCGACCAGGUUCAGGGAAAUGUUCAGUCUUAUCACUUGUUGCUCUAAAAGCUGGCAAACACGCUCCAGCCUACAGAUGAUUCAAUGCACCACCUCCAACAAGAAAAUACCAAACGCCAACACUAUCUAGGCCUUAAAAAGACAGUGUCAAAAUGCAUCUAAUGGGAGACAUGGAGGUUCAUUCAUACCUUAAUGCUCAGACCGAACCCGUGUGGAAAUCUGGAUUGACCACCAUUAUCAUUAAAACUAUGAAGAAGGUUUUUAAUCCUGCCAACAAAGCAGACUGGAGAAUUUUUUUUAUUAUAUGAUGGGCAUGAAAGCCAUUCUGUUGGCAAGAUACAUCUAUAAGACUCUUAAUGAAGUUUUCUCCCUUCAUUUGUUCCUUAACUGUCUGUAUUUAAGAAUUCCAGAGACAUUUAGUAGCCAAAACAAAGGAUUUCCCCCCCUAGGUAGUUACGUCUUUUAUUAAAGGUCAGAAUUUACAAAGUAAGAAAUAUGUUAAGAAUGGAGUAGGAUGUUGAAAGGCAGAGCGGUGCAGCAUCCGCAGUGAUCCAGACUCUGCAUCAGUCAUUCACUGAGUAGAAAGAAGGAGGUGAGCCUAAAGCUCUCAAUUUGCCGGUCGAUCUACGUUCCUACUCUCACCUAUGAUCAUGAGCUGUGGGGAGUGACUGAGAAGAAUGAGGUUGCAGAUACCAGUGGCCAAAAUGAGUUUCCUUUGCAGGGUGUCUGCGCUCUUCCUUAGAGAUAGGGUGAGAAGCUCGGAUAUCUUAA